GGCGACUUUUAUCUGACAAGCGAAUCGCGACUGACGCAUCAGUUUCAUUCCGCCUGUAAACAACAAACCGCCGACACACUGACGAAAGUUAUUAUGCCUCAACUAAUAACUUAUGAUCACGGCAACACUGAAGCACACCGGCUCUGAUCUGAGAUCUUCAGUAGUUAAAGAGGUUUAAUCCAGAAUGCUGGAGACUGUGACUGGUGUGGAAAGGUUGCUCCAUUAUACCAAUACCAGUGUGUUUCCCACUACGGCCAAUGGCUCUGAAUUUAUCCCUGAUCAUGAGAACAACAUCACCAAACCACACAAAUGUCUACAGAUCCUGUACGACGACAUCGGACACUCCAGGGUUCGUUACUGGGACUUGAUGCUGCUCAUCCCAAACGUGGCUUUCCUCAUCUUCCUGAUGUGGAAGCUUCCUUCUGCUCGCGCUAAGAUCCGUCUGACCUCCAGCCCCAUAUUCGUGGCGUUUUACAUACUGGUGUUUGUGGUGGCGGCUGUAGGAAUCACACGUGCCAUCGUCUCCAUGACCGUCAGCACAUCCAGCUCUGCCACACUCAUAGACAAGGUGCUUUGGGAAAUCACCAGGUUCUUUUUAUUGGCUAUUGAGCUCAGCGUCAUCAUACUCGGACUGGCUUUUGGCCAUCUGGAGAGCAAGUCCAGCAUCAAGCGUGUGUUGGCCAUUACGGCGGUCUUGUCUCUGGCGUACUCCAUCACACAGGGGACUCUGGAGAUCCGUUUCCCAGACAAGCAUCUCUCCGCCAAAGACUUCAACAUCUAUGGCCACGGCGGACGACACUUUUGGUUGGCCAGUUCCUGUUUCUUUUUCCUGGUGUAUUCCCUGAUAGUCAUCCUACCUAAAACGCCAGUCAGAGAGAGGAUCUCGUUACCAUCGAAGAGGAGUUUUUACGUGUACGCUGCCAUCCUGUCCGUGCUGAAUCUGGUUCAGGGUUUGGGAAGCGCGCUGCUCUGUGCCGACAUCAUCGAAGGCUUGUGCUGUGUGGAUGUCACCACAUUCCUGUACUUUUCCGUCUUUGCUCCUUUGAUCUAUGUGACGUUCCUCAAAGGAUUCUUCGGUUCCGAGCCCAAAAUCCUCUUCUCCUACAAGUCACAAAUCGACGAGCCAGAAGACUCGGACGUGCACCUGCCCAACACCUCGGCCUCUGGCCUGGGCCGGAAGGAUCUGGAUCACGGCUCGUACUCCAGCACGCAGAUCGACGGCUCCGGCGCGUACCUGGACGACGUGGUGUCGGGACCUUUCGGCGGAGGACACAGCAUCAACAGCAUCGACAGCGACCGCUGGAGAGCCCUCAACGCCUGAACCAACGCGCUUUAACGCUGACCUCCACACAGACGAACAUUUGACGCGCUGUGCGUCUGACUUCAGUUUCUCAUGCACUGCCUUGAUUGGGGAACGGUUUUCACAGUCAGUGCUGUUAUUUAAGAUCGAUUUCAUUUGUAUUCCAUGAAUCCAACAUUCCUUGUAUAACACCAGUGCUCUUAAUUUGACAUUUGUGUACUCGGAUCCGUGCCGCAGGCAAGUUUAUUGGACUUUGUGAUGUGCAUAAUCUAAUAUAUUUUUGCUGAAACCAUAAUCGAUCGCCAUUAGCUUAUCUCUAGAUGAUUUCAGACCAGUUUCUGAGUUGUGCUACUGAUACCAGCGAAACGUCCGCUCAUGUUUCGAUGCUCGUUUUCCACGUUAGGGUUGUUUUGCACUGAUUCGGCUCAUUUGCUUGCUGAUUUGAAGGCUUAAGGACCCUGAAAUCUACCUUGGCUCUGUUCACGUGCUUCAUGUGGACCGAACGUUCAUCUAGAAAUUUGUGAAAACAUUUAUUUCUCGUUGCUACGUCAUAGUUUUGAAAAUAUUUUCUUUGGAUUUUUAUUUAUUUUAGUUAUCUGAUGAAUUAUUUUAGCCUGCCGUCAUUAGACUCGGGCUCAGUUCUUAAAGUGAAAGCUUAAAUUGUGAUCUUGACUUUUGUCCAUCUUUCUGAUUUCUACUGAAAAUAGAACCGACUCAAGUCAGGUUUGUCCCAAUGUCAUUCCAUGUAGGAGAAAGUGAAGAAAAAGGACCAUAUUGGGAGAAAGCAUUUGACCUGCUUUGUUUUAUUUGAUAAAAUACCACUAGUUAAUUACAACAUAACCUUUUCGGUGCACAGAAAAAAAAUCACCAAUUAAAUUUGGCCUGAGUAAAACAUGCGUUUCUUAUUGCUUACUUCCCUUUGUGCUUUAAAUAUGAUUUGGGCAUGGAGAGACAGUGUUUUAUAAUUAAACCGUGUCUAUUUAGAGAUUUUAAGUUCAUUUUUGAGUUUUAAUUUUUUCACUGUGAAUCACUUGUAGUAUAAUCUGAAAUUCAGUGCACUUUAUCAUAUUGCUCAUACUUAGUGCUUUGCUCUGCCUGUGUUUUAUUUUUUGAUCUAUCUCAAAAAUAUUUUGUUUUCUCUUUUCUGAAAUGCUUUUUUAAAGAUCAGGAUAUUUAUUCUAUUCGCCUAUAGCAGUGGAUCAGAUGUUAUAAAGCAGAAAAUAAGAACUGUUUUAAUUAGAUAAAAACUGAGCUGAAGUCCAACAAAGAUACUACGUGCCACAGCACUAUCUUGAACUACACAGACAACCGAGGACUUUUAUUUUGGAAUAUACUUGCAGUGACGUGUUGAAGCGAUUUUCACAGGAACUCUCGACGUCAACAGAUGUGAAUAACACUUUUUAUGUUCAUGUAGUCACUAAAAAAACGUUUCUUAUACAUUUGAACAUUCUCGAUUAAUAAAUCGUUUCAAUUCUG